AUAUUUCGUUCGAAGACGACCAAGGCGAGUUGACAGCGAAAUAAAAUUCAUUCGAAAAUUAAAGCGGAACGACGGUAGUGGUAGCAGCGGGCGUGCGCUUUGGUUAAUUAUUUGGUGCGCAAAAUUAAGAAAAAUCAAAUUUAGUGGUGUCAUUUAUAAACGGUAACGCAUCUCCGUGAUAUAUGUAAAUAUAAAAAGAAAGAAAUGCAAUAAAAGCUCUAGCAAAUCGAAAAUCAAUAGGUGUGUAAUUCGUUUCGAUGUCGAUAUAAUUCCAUAUUUUUGGAAAAAGUUUACAUAUUGAAAUAUUAGAAGGGCAAAAGAGGGACGUACCAAUUGUCUGGUUUGUAAUAACUAGGGAAACAAAUUUAUUGCAAAUGAUAGAAGGCUUAAAGAAGGUGCUUGUAAAAUAUUGAGUAUCAAGUGUUGCUAUUGGAAAAAAGCUAAGGAUAAAAAAUCUAAUUGGAAUCGGUCAAUUGGUCGAUUGGUUAGUCGAUAACCGUUGAUGCAACUUGGUGCGUAUGUGUGUGUGGUAUCGGUUACGGAGUAGUGGUUAAGGAAAUUGUCCAAUUCGUGCCGUGUUGAGUGCUAUCUGUAAACGUGAGAAAUCUAUACAUAUACACAUAUACAUCGGUGUGGUGCUUUUCGAACCACAUUAGCGGUGCCGCAACAUAAAAUAACAACAACGUGCUAUCGAGCGGAUUUGUACCAGACGGAGAACGUAUAUUUGAGAGCAGCGCAAGUGAGCAACGAAAAAGAUGGGAAAGCAAAAAAUUUACUGUGCAAAAUGCGAUAAAAAAUGUUCCGGCGAGGUGCUACGCGUAGCAGAUAAGCAUUUUCACAAAGCUUGCUUUCAAUGUUGUCAAUGCAAAAAGUCGCUCGCCACUGGCGGAUUCUUUACCAAAGAUGGCGUUUACUACUGCAUUCCCGACUAUCAGCGUCUGUACGGCACAAAGUGUGCCGCUUGCCAGCAAUAUGUCGAGGGUGAGGUGGUUUCCACGAUGGGAAAGACGUAUCACCAAAAGUGUUUCACGUGCUCUAAAUGUAGCAAUGCAUUUAAAUCUGGCAGCAAGGUAACGAAUACCGGCAAAGAAGUGUUAUGUGAGAAUUGUAUUCCAGCUGCUGCUUCAUCGCCCAUCCGACAACAGGCGAAUGCUGCCGAAGGGUCACGCAAGGAAGGCACGGUUUCACCAGUUCCAAAAGCUGAGAGUCCAACACGUGCCACGGCACAUCAGCAGAUGACUAGCGGUGUGGUGUCGGACAAGGCGCAUUUGAAGGAGGACUAUGAUCCGAACGAUUGUGCUGGUUGCGGUGAAUUGUUGAAAGAAGGGCAAGCAUUAGUUGCGCUAGAUCGGCAGUGGCACGUUUGGUGUUUCCGGUGUAAAGCUUGCAACGCCGUGUUAAACGGCGAGUAUAUGGGCAAGGAUGGUGUGCCCUAUUGUGAGAAGUGCUACCAAAAAUCGUUUGGCGUCAAAUGUGCUUAUUGCAAUCGCUUUAUUAGCGGAAAAGUGCUACAAGCAGGUGACAACCAUCAUUUCCAUCCGACCUGUGCACGCUGCACCAAAUGCGGCGAUCCAUUCGGCGAUGGCGAAGAAAUGUACCUACAAGGCAGCGCCAUUUGGCAUCCACGCUGUGGCCCUGGGCCUUCUGAGUCCGGUGUUAUCUUAAACGGUGGCGGACCACCAGUCGGAAAUGGUGCCUUUACGGAUACCGAAUGCGAUCGCAUUAGCUCGAGUGCGCUGAGUGACAUGUACACGCGCUCCAGAACGCCGAGUUUUAAUGGUUCACUUUAUUCCUCUAGCCGCAAGCAUCACCACUACCGUACCGUUAGUCCCGGACUAAUUUUACGUGAAUACGGUCGCCCUGGUGGCGAGGAUAUUUCGCGUAUUUAUACAUACAGCUACUUGACAGAUGCUCCACACUACUUACGCAAGCCAAUUGAUCCGUAUGACAAGAUGCCGUUGUCACCACAUUUUCACCGACCGCCGUCGUAUGCCACCAGCACUGGUGGUUCAACAGCUGGUAGUCGGCCACCGUCUCGGCCGCAUUCGCGCAGUCGCAGCGCCAUGAAAGUGCUUGUAGAUGCAAUACGUUCGGAGACGCCUCGCCCCAAAAGUCCUGCCAUGAACAACGAAGAGCCGAUAGAGCUCUCACAUUAUCCAGCUGCUAAGAAGCCGCCACCAGGCGAGAAACCGAAAAUUGAAAGGGAUGAUUUCCCAGCACCGCCUUACCCGUAUACAGAUCCAGAACGUAGGCGCCGUUACAGUGAUACUUAUAGGGGUGUUGCUACUUCCGAUGAUGACGACGAAGUCGACAAUAUGAAGAAUGGCGAAAUUGAUACACGCCUACAACGUGAGGCUGAAGAGCUGGAAAAAUUGAAUUCAGGUAUUGGUUCAGCUAUUGCUAAAGAUUUAAAGGAACACGCAAAAUAUAGGAAAUGGAAACAGCAAAAUUUAGACCCGAGAAAUGCAUCACGUACACCAUCGGCAGCUAAAGAGCCCAUACUCAAGUUAAGAUACGAAUCACCUAUUGGUGCUUCACCAUCGCGCAACUUAGAUCAUCAGAAGCCUUUCUAUGAAGACGAAAUCUUUGAUCGGUCAACAAGUUACAGGGGUUCGUUAGGCAAAUCGCUUGGUAAUGCGCCCAGCUACAACGUGGUGAGCGCCUUGCGGCAUGUCCCUAAGCCAGGAUACGGCUUAGCUCCACGCUCACAUACAUUCAGUGCGGCCGGUGGUACUUCUGCUGUGCACCCUGUUGCUACUGACUUUUCAUAUGGAGGUUUUGUGGAUAAAACUCAUAGUACAGACUUAAGUUGUGGGAAAUCAGAAGCUUCAGUUGAUUCCAUUACUGAUGGUGAUAGACGUGCUUUAAUGGGUGGCGAGCUUCCCGCUUCUAGCACAUAUUCGGGUGUUUUGUCCUACCAUUAUCCGCAAGCUGGUUUAAUACGUCGCAGUCUACCCAACAUGGCACACUCUUUGCUCGUUCACGAGCCGGCUAAAAUUUAUCCUUAUCAUUUAUUAGUCAUCACAAACUAUCGUCUACCAACAGAUGUUGAUCGCUGCAACUUAGAGCGUCAUUUAUCGGAUGUAGAAUUCGAGCAUGUUUUGCAAAGCUCUCGAUCCGAGUUCUACCGAUUACCCCAAUGGAGACGAAACGAACUGAAACGCCGAGCAAAGCUGUUCUAAGCGAAAACACAAACGAUGGAUUAUUGGCUGAACGUUAGGACUGUCUAAAUACACACAAGCACCUGCGAUUGUUCGUAGCUAAGAAGAAAAAUUAAAAAAUAUGUAUACAAUAUAUCGUGAUUACAAACGAUUAUUCAAAUUAAAUAGGCUCAUCGUGUACACUUGCUUUAUCGUAGCAAAGCAAAAUGAAAAGAGUCAACGUCAAUAGCUUCGUCGCUAUUCACGUCUGCUACACUCACAAGCGACAAAACUAAACAUAGAAACUUAAUGCUGCAAACGAAAAAAAAAACACGCUCCAGACAGACCGCCCCUUUGUAACCAAAUCGAUUACCAACUAUCUUCUAAUAGUAAAUAAGAUUAAGUGGAAUUGCCUGAAUGCAAAUAUUGACCGAUUAAAAAA